AUGGCUGGUGAUACAGGGUACGAUACUGUUGUGGAGAGUGCUGCCGUUCGCGGCUCUGUGGUGAACACGCACACGUGUUUGCGGGUCAAGGACCCGAAGGUUUCGUUGGCCUUCUACGAGAAGCAGUUCGGGAUGCGGUUGCUGAAGCAAGUGGACGUUGCGGAGUCUCGGUUCAGUCUGUACUUUUUGUCCUUUGAGAAGGAGUUCCCCCAUGCUGAGAAUGGGUCCCUGAAAGUGUUUGCUACGCAAGGGGUGCUCGAGUUGACGCACAACUGGGGCACGGAGGACGACGCCUCGUUCAAGGUGAACAACGGGAACGGUGAGGAGAACCGUGGGUUUGGGCAUGUGUGCUUCACUACAAGGGAUAUCGCGCAGGCGUGUGUUACGCUGGAGGCCCGCGGCGUAUCCUUCAAGAAGCGGAUGUCCGACGGGAGACAGAAGGAUAUUGCGUUUGUGCUCGACCCGGACGGGUACUGGAUCGAGCUUGUGCAGUACCCUACCGUGGGUACCCCCAGUGGUCAAGCGGAUGACUUGGGUUACAAGUUCAACCACACGAUGGUUCGUGUGAAGGACGCCCGCAAGUCUGUCGCGUUCUACACGAACGUUCUUGGGAUGCAAUUGCUCGAGAAGUCCGUUCACGAGAACGCCAAGUUCACGUUGUACUUCCUUGGGUACCCGGCAGAUUCUGAGUCCCGGGAAGCUACGGGUGAUCGCCGUGCAAGAGAGGGUCUACUCGAAUUGACACACAAUUGGGGCACGGAGGACGACGCAGAGUUCCGGUACCACAACGGGAACGACGCUCCACAGGGGUACGGCCACAUCUGCAUCAGUUGCAAGGACCCGGAGGCCUUCUGCAAUGAGGUGGAGCAGAAGUACGGCGACAAGAUCGCGUGGGCACCCAAGUUCAACCAGGGCAAGAUGAAGAACAUCGCGUUCUUGAAGGACCCGGACGGGUACUCCGUCGAAGUGACACCUCAGACGCUAUUUAUUUAA